CAGAGUGAUAAUAGGGGGCGACAAUGAAGGUAGAUCACACUACAACAGUUUCUAACCUCGUAAAAAAAACUAUUUUUUGUGUUUUUAAAACUUACAAGUUGUUUCAAAUUAAAAACUAUUAAAUGUAAUUUGAAAUAUAUUACUAAGAAAGUGCUUCAAUGAUUUUCUGUUUGAAAUGAUAUUUCUUUAUAUUGUUAAACACCUCUUAUUUGAAGGUUAUGAUAACAUUUUCUAAAAAUGAUUGUUUAUAUGCAUAUGAUACAUCGAUAAAUAUACACAUGUACGUAGUAUAUUUUUAACUUUAUUUCGAAAAUCUACAACACCAGCAUUGAUAAUAAACAAACUCAGAGUAUGGUUAAUGUUUUAGUAAAUACAUAAAUAGUUAUCACAAAAACUACAGCAAAUAUAUGAAUUUUCACAUAUUUUAUUAUUGAGGAUUAUAAUUUUAUAUAUUAACAAAUAUGUCAAAUAUGUACGAAGAAAAAGAUGAAGAAAAAACUCAAAAAAUAAAGUUAACAAAAGAUUUAGAGUUACUUGAUAAGUCAGAAUUGAUACAGAAAAUAAUGCUGUUGGAGGAAAGUAACAAACAAUUGAAAACAAUUAUUAAUAAAUUAAAUGGAAAAUCCAAAGAUGGAAAUAUUGUGUGUAAAUCGAAAAAACCAUUUAAUUUUGAAAAUUGUACUAAGCGACAUAUUCUUUUAAAAUUUUAUUAUCUGGGAUGGGAUUACAGCGGAUUUGUUGUACAAGAAAACAUUGAUAAUACUAUAGAACAUCAUCUAUUCACAGCACUGAUAAAGAGCUGUUGUAUACAGUCACGAGAAACUUCAAAUUAUCAUCGAUGUGGUAGAACUGACAAAGGUGUUAGUUCUUUUUCACAAGUCAUUUCUUUAGAUGUAAGAAGCAAAUUAAAACUCGAAGAUCAGCAUAAAUUAGAGGAAGAACUACCAUAUUGCAAGAUGUUAAAUAGGCUGUUACCUUCAAAUAUAAGAUGUAUUGCAUGGUGUCCAGUACCAAAUGAUUUCUCUGCUAGAUUUAAUUGCAAGUUUCGAACAUACAAGUACUUCUUUCCAAGAGGAAAAUUAAAUAUAGAUGCUAUGAAUAAAGCAAUUAAAUAUACUAUAGGAGAGCAUGACUUCCGAAAUAUCUGUAAAAUGGAUGUUGCGAAUGGUGUAAUUAAUUAUAAAAGGACAGUGCUCGAUGCAAAAGUGUUCCUCCAUACAUCAAAUUUUAGAAAUGUUUCAGCAUAUGAUAUAUGUGAAAUGAAUAUAAAAAGUCAUGCAUUUCUGUGGCAUCAAAUUCGAUGUUUAAUGGGUAUUCUUUUGCUUGUUGGUGAAGGAAAAGAACAGCCAGAAGUCAUUCUGGAGCUUAUAGACAUUGUGAAUUGUCCUCGAAAACCGCAAUACAAUUUGGCUCAUGAAUUACCAUUAAACCUUUGGUAUUGUGAAUACGAGCAUAAUGAAUGGUACAGUGAUAAAGAAGAAUUAAUAAAUAUAAUAAAAACUCUACAAAAAGAUUGGACCAUCAAUACAAUAAAAUCAGUUAUGAUAGAGAAUAUGUUGUCAGAUUUGGAAAAUUCAAUGAGUCGUACAGAUUUAUCAUUUCAAAGUGAUCCUUUAUUGGUAGGAGUGCAGUCUAAAGUAUAUCAACCACUUAUGAAGAGAGUUACUUGUGACAGUUUAGAAACUAAAAUAAAACAUUAUGAGAACAAAAGAAGAAAAAAAGAAUAAAAUUUAAAUAAUUAUAAAGUAAAAUUAAAUAAAUUACACAAUAAAUUACACAGUUUAAAUUUCUGAAAUUAAAGUAAUCAUACACAUUCCUAUGUAUGCUUGAUAUUAAUCAUUUAAAAUGAAUUAUAAUUAUAGUUCUAAUUAUGAAUUUUAUCCUUAUUUUAUCUAUAAAAGUUUUUAUAACAUGACAUGAUACAUUUUUCAUCAACCUUAUUCCUCUUUAUACUUUUCAAUGUACGAAAAGUAUGUAGACGCGUGAAAAGUUUAAUGUUUAUAUUUACAUUUUCAACGCACAAGUAGAAAUAUUCCUGCAGGGUAGC